AUGCGUUCCUCCUCCCGACGUAUCGUGUCCGAUGAAGAAAGCGAUGCCAGCACUGACUUACCGGAUGUCUUCUCAAACAAUCCCUCCGACAAUUCCUUCAACAGUGAGUCCGAGCCGGACAACAGUAACAACUCGAAUGGUGGUUCCGACAAUGACUCGAUCUUGGAUGAAGAGGAGGGAAGAGAGCUUCCAGCGGAAUACUACCUCCAAGAGGCUGAUUGUUCUGCCGAGAUGGAAAGCAUGAUCCUGCAGAACGUUUCCGCUGGCUCUCUGACUCAGAGGAGACGGGGACGCCGGACCCUGGGAAUUCAAUAUAAGAGCUCGUUGCAGACUUUCUGGAAGUGGUGGUAUCUGGUUUACAAGGCCGAGAUUGGGCAUGGACUUGGCAAGGACACCAUUGUCAAGAUCGAGGAUGUGUUGGCAAUCGUUGCCAAAGAGAAGAAGCUUCUCCUUGGGUGCCGACCAAAAGCCACUAUGUACAUUGAGGACGUGGCAGAGGGAUCUAUCCGGCAUUUACCUGUUGUUUCGCAGGGAAAAAAAACCCCGUCCAGGCUCGGGGGAAAACCUGCGAGAGACAGAUACUUGGUAGAGACAAGAUUUGUGGGCGAAGGGUCAGGCAGGAUUCGAACCUACAGCCUGCCUGGUGAUGUGCGCACUGGCAGGCUAGCCAGACUCAGUGUCCAUACCACUGAGCCACUGGCCCAACAGCAUGCCAGUAUCAACACCUUCGUUCGACAUUAUAGUGUGGGCAUUCACGUGGAUACUCAGGCGAUCGUACAAGGUCUACCAGCCCAAAAACAACUAAUGCGAUUUGCGGCUUCUAUGAGCCAGUCCAUUGAUCCUCGACGGCCCUACAAGCUGGAAAAUUCCAGCGGCGUUAACGAUCUCCCUCGCGUACAGAUGUUGCAGGGACAUGUUCAUGAAAGAAAACAACUCCGGGACGAGAAGAAACGGUCCUACGAGGCUACCGAAGGGGACUUUCAACAAACUUUCGGUGAUGAAAAAUUCGAAAAGAGUGAGAAAAAGCUGCCGCGACGCGCUUGUCGUGAAAACAAAGGCCCAGUGAUUGACAGCGAACGGCAACUCGCUGGGAAGAUGGUAGAUGAGGAGGUUAUGGGCGUUCUGGAGCAAACGGGGUACAUGACCCCACAGCAUACGAUGUUGAUCGACACUGUUCUGACCAUGCCGGGCAUGACCGUGGAAAAGGAGUAUCAACGACGAAUUGCCGCGAUCAAUGCGGUCAUUGUAUUCUGUGACAUAGAAGAGGGUUCACCAUCGCGGCGGCCGAAUCUUUCCCCGAAAUGUGGUGCCACGGAUGCUUUGCCGGCCAUGCCUGCUGCGAAGAGGCAAGCCUGCUCUCUACCUGGUGAAAGCGAGAGCGCUCUUCGUCAAGCAAUCGCAUCAGUUUGCAUCACAGCUCCUAAUGAGAGACCAAAAAUCUGCUGUCUCUGUCUCGGAAAUCCCAGACCUCCAGAAAAUAAGCGAAUGAAGGUGUAUGGCACUCCUGGAUCCCUUAGCCGUCGCUUUAUUGAUUGGCACAUCAAACGCUAUCCGAAGGAGAUGCGGGUGAAAUGUGAUAUCUGCGAUAAGGACUUUGAGCACAAGGCAAAUUUGAUGAAUCAUGCGGAAACAGUAACUACAUGGGAUCGUCUCUCCCGACGUCCGCACUCGGUCCCAUCUAGAGUUCCGAAAGGAAUACGAAUAAUAUGA